UGAUCUCUCGGACCUGCGCACUCUCAUUUUUGCAUUCGCUUUUGAUCGCUGGUACGAAGCAGUUCGUUCGCUCUCGCUUCCAGCAAUAAAACAUACAUAUUUGAAAUCGAACCAUACUCUCGGCUUUUUCUUUUAACACCGUUCACACACCGCAUAGUUUAAAAUUCGUUAAACAUUCGCAAAAAAGGUGGCAUAAAUUAAUGCCUCCUCUAAUCAUUGGUGAAACCGACGUGAUCGUGAACUUGUGUUAAAGUGAAGCAAUUAUUAAAUAUCGUUUUAAUAAUUCUAAGCGCCCCUUGCACGUGCCGCGGCAGGGCCACACACACACACAAACCUUUUCGCAUCGCUUCGCACGGUAUUCGCACAUACCGACAUACAUACAUACAGUGUACAGUUAGAAUCGGCUGCUGUACAGUCUGAACCUUUUGCAUAACGGCAAGUGUUAUACAACUUCGCGCGCCAGGCAGAGGUCGUUGCCCUUUGUUUUCGAUUCCGUCAUUACCCUCAAAUUCGGUCUUUGGUUUUCGCUGGCCCAAGUGCAGGUGCAGUGCAAAUUUCGUGCGGUGACUUUCGAAUACCCUACAGACUUUAAAUAAAAACUCAAAAUGUCAACCAAACAUACGAAAAAACCUGAGCUCGCGCCUCACGCUCCAGACGGCGAGGAGUUUUAUCGGGCAAAGGCAAAUUCUAUGGUACGCCAGCUGGCUGCCCUAAAUUUAUUUCUAACAGAGGAGCAGUUGCAGGUGCGGUUGGAUUUAAUCGAGCGCAUAUACUCUGAUUUCGAUAGCUCUCGACUUAACCUCGAACGGCUUGUGAUCGAGGAGCUGGAGUCGGAUGCGCGCUUAACCUUUACCACGGCAUAUUGUGAGACGAAAGGAAGGAUCUGCCGCCAUCUCAAUAGUGAAAAGAGAAAGUCGUUGGCAAAUUCAACUGAGCUGCAUGGCAUCCUCGGUGGCCACACUGCCGCCUUCAAGUGCAACUCGCGGCCCACCAGGCUACCGGAAUUUCAGCUUCCGCGAUUUGGCGGAGCAUACAUCGAUUGGCCGGAUUUCUUCGCCAUGUUCAACACGGUAGUGGGAAAGAACGAAGACCUAACAAAGGUGGAAAAAUUUCAGCAUCUUCGUGCAUGUUUGGACGGCAUAGCGCUGGAUGCAAUUCGCUCUCUAGAGCCCACGGAAAAUAAUUACGACAGGGCUUUGGAAUUAUUAACCUCGAGAUUUGAUAAUAAAUUAUUGCACUUUCAGGCUCAUGUUCGGUCUUUAUUCAAGCUACCAGGGGUGGAGAAGGGAUCCGCAAGUAGCCUGCGGCAGUUGAGCGACAAGGCAAAUUCUCAUUUGCGCGACCUGGCUACUAUGGCCUCUACGAAGGAAAUCUAUGACGGCCUUUUAAUCCAUCUCAUCGUUUCAAAACUGGACAUUCAGACCCAGGAGAGGUGGGAAGAAUGGUUGCCUUCCAAGGAGCUGCCAAAUUGGGAUAAAUUCUCAUCGUUUUUGGAUCUUAGAUGCCGCAUGAUGGAAAAUUUGGAAUACGCUAUGGUAAACCAAGCACCUAGCAAACAGAAAACCCAGAUGAUAUUAGUGUUCUUACGCCUGCACACUUUCUCAUUGGAUCUACAUUCACCGCAAUGUAUGAGCCUGAUGUCACCCAUCUGAACAUCGACCGC